AUGACGCAAGUUCCGGUUCGGGCGCUGAGUUCACUAAAAUCCCUAGAGGCCUUCUGGGUGGAACAAGCAACCAAAGUACAGCUGGGUGGAACACGCAACCUAAGUACAGCUGGGUGGAACAAGCAACCUAAGUACAGCUGGGUGGAACAAGAAACCAAAGUACAGCUGGGUGGAACAAGCGACCUAAUUACAGCUAGGUGGAACAAGAAACCAAAGUACAGCUGGGUGGAGCAAGCAACCGAAGUACAGCUGGGUGAUACAAGCAACCAAAGUACAGCUGGGUGGAAAAAGCAACCAAAACUGCUUCACGAUAACUUAAUUGAGGAUUUCCAUGACAACGCCUUUGUGGGUCUCACGUCUUUGAGGAUUCUGCAAGUGAAUAAAAACCGAAUGAAGAAAAUUCCAGUCGCAUUAAAGUCGUUGCCAGAUUUGGAAGAACUAGAUAUUGAUGACAACAAUAUUGAGUAUCUGCCAGACUAUAGCUUUGCUGAGAAUAAGAACUUAAUGUUACUACAGCUGAAGGGUAAUCCCAUUCUGUCUGUAGGAAAGAAGGCCUUUUCUAAUUUACCAAAACUCAGGAAAAUCUAUCUAUCUGAAGCGCACGACAUGACGGAGUUUCCCGACCUAGAGGGAACAUCGAGUCUGGACGGGCUGAGAUUCGACAGGGCCAACAUCAGAGUCAUCCCCCCUGAUAUGUGUCACCACUUACCGCUUUUGAAAACCCUAGAUGUCCACUCAAAUCGGAUAGACCAGCUUCCAAACGUCACUGGGUGUUCCGCUCUUCUCAACCUAAAUAUGGGUAACAACGCAAUCACGUCUCUGGAGGGACGUCCGUUUCGUAGUCUGCACGAACUAACCGACCUAACCUUGGGCCACAACUACAUCACACAUAUCCCGGAAGAUGCCUUCUAUGGACUGGAUAAGCUUCUUUACUUAGAUCUCUCUCACAACAAACUCAGCAGGAUUCAUCCAGCAGCGUUCAUUCCACUCAUGAACGUUGAAGACUUAAACCUGGGCGACAACCACAUCCCCAUGUUACCAGAGAGCGGACUUGAGAACCUGAACAAACUGAAGACCUACCACAAUCCAGAACUCAGGGAAUUCCCGCGGAAGGAAGCGUUCCCCAAAAUAAAACUGCUGAUUUUAUCCUAUGCCUAUCACUGCUGUGACUUUCUCGACACGGGAACUGAAACGAAGAACAAGAUUCAGCUAAAGGAGGACGUGACGUGGAUGCACGGGGACAAGCCGGUGGGCGGGGUCUGGGAGGCCUUCCAGAACGUCUCCGAGUUCUGGGAAACACUGUCUGUAAAUCAUUCAUUUGUCGUGGACAAUAUUUUUGAGAAUUUCGGCACGUACGAUACGGAUUUCCCUGACUACGAGUCGUCGUUCCCAGAAGGCAGCGGGAAAUACCUGGAGGACUACAAACCUCGAGAAUACGCCCAUGACCUCGUCAUCGCCAGACCGCCAAUCAACUGCAAGCCAAAACCUGGUCCCUUCAUGCCGUGUGACGACCUGUUCGGGUGGUGGUCUCUCCGCUGUGGGGUGUGGAUUGUCUUCAUGCUGGCUCUGCUCGGUAACGGCGUCGUGCUGUUCGUCUCGGUGACUAGUCGGACCAAGAUGGACGUCCCACGCUUCCUCAUCUGUAACCUCGCCUGCGCCGACUUCUUCAUGGGGAUCUACCUCGGCUUCCUCGCCAUUGUCGACGCCUCCACGCUGGGAGAGUUCCGGAAACACGCCAUCUGGUGGCAGAUGAGUGCCGGGUGUGUGAUAUCGGGUUUCCUAGGCGUGUUGUCUAGCGAGCUGAGUGUGUUCACUCUGACCGUCAUAACACUGGAGAGGUUCUACGCCAUCACACACGCCAUGCAGCUCAACAAGAGACUGUCACUCAGACAUUCAAGUUACAUAAUGCUCGGUGGGUGGAUCUACGCCACACUGCUGGCCAGUCUUCCACUGUUUGGCAUCAGCGACUACAGAACGUUCGCCGUCUGCCUCCCGUUUGAGAUCAAGAGCCUCAUCUCAAAAGGGUACGUCUGCUUCAUAAUGGUCUUCAAUGGUCUCUCGUUCUUCAUCAUACUAAGUUGCUACCUGCUCAUGUACAUCAGCAUACGUGACUCUCAGGCAUGGAACUCUAACGACACGCGUGUUGCCAAACGAAUGGCUCUGUUGGUUUUCACGGACCUUCUGUGCUGGGCACCAAUAGCCAUCCUCUCCCUGGCAGCAGCCUUUGGCAAAGAGCUCAUUCAGCUGAACGAAGCCAAAGUCUUGACAAUCUUUGUCCUCCCGCUGAACAGUUGUGCGAAUCCGUUUCUGUACGCCAUUCUGACAAAGCAGUUUAAGAAAGACUGUGUUCUGCUGUGUCGCCGAUUGGAGGAUUCAUCCAUUGCGAGGCAUUUCUCCCGAGCCAGCAACCGCCACGCCUCUCUGUCCUGGGGCACCUCGCGCAGACCCUCGGGUCUGAACAGUCUAGUGCCCGGGGAGAAGAAUAACGGGAACCCCAAUUCGGUCAGUUCCGGGAGCAACAUGUAUGGUGUUCUCAAUUACAACGUCGAUGUGAGUUACGGGAAACCAACAAAGAGCACGGGGUUGUCGGAAAAACAGGAAUCGGAAUAUGAGCAGAAACAAACGAAAUGGAACAAAGGCGUGUGUGAAGCGUGUGUCAAGUGCGCCAGUGCGAACAGUCAGCACAAGUCGAAUAAAGAUAAAAAGCGUGUUAAGAAAGUGGACAACAAGAAGUACAGAUACCGCGGGAUUGGUGACUCUGAGGUGAUUCUCCAUCGUGAAUUCGCCUCCAGUGAUAACCAGGACAAGUUGACGAGCACGCUUGACACCUACGUCAGCGUCGACUUCAACAACGACGACCAGGUGUCCUCGAAUCAUUCCAAAGACGUGAAGUACAAUCCCAACAUGUUCAAGGGAGAUAACUGCUAUUGCAAGGAUGCUUCGGGAAAAGCACAGAUUGCCCUCCCCGUUGUUACGUACGACGACAGCUCUGAAAGUGUAGAGUUCCACGACACAGGUCAGAAAAUUCGAAAGAACAAUUGGAAGCACAGCAUACCAUGCUGUAGCACCGAAUCCAGCCCUUUAGAUCCGAACAGCUGUUGUCAGUAUGACUUGUCUGCCCCAACUGUUGAUAAAUCUGAUGACACUACGGGUGCAUACGCCGUGUCGCCCGAUAAUGAUUCACAGGCGCACGUGCAGUCUGGGGUAGCAAGAGUCCAGUGCAAGAACACCGGCAGCGUGAAUCCCGAGCUGGGUAACAAAGAACAAGAACACAACAAGGAUCAGGACAGGGUAAGCUCCGGCACUGCCUCAAAAAAGAGACACAGACAUAAAAAACGAGGUCCGGGCAAGAAGACGUGUGUGGAGGUGAACGGUCCCGAUCUCGUGACCGGUCUCGGGUGUGAUUUGAGCUGCGACAACGAUUACUCCAGGUCCAGAAAGAAGCGAUCGGAAGACGUUGAUAAAAACAUCCAUCUUCGUUUCUUCACCCAGUCCCUCGCUGAGCACGACUUCAUCCAGUCGACCGUCUGUCGGUCGAACAGCUUGGUGGAGCUGACAAAACCCCAGCUGAUAGAACUGUACCACCCUUCGUCUAAGAGAUUCAGCCUGACCCCCGGACAGGAGGGGUACAUGCUGCUCAGCGGGAACAGCCGCGAUUCCGCAUAUGUAGAGGACGAUGAGGAAUAUGAAUUCAUUUCUCAGAUGCUCAAUGGCUACAUCAAACCGACUCGCUCGAAACCUCUAAGAGGUCCUACUCGUUCUGAUUUCGUAGACGAAGAGGAGGCUGUCCAGCUUCUUGGAACGAACUCUCCGGCGCACAAAGUUAACAAAGUUCCUCUCCAUAAAGUGAUGAAUGCAGACGAUUCUAGAGGAUCGUGUCAAAACUUGUCUAGUAACAGGAGUUGUGACAAGGAAAGUGGUUUCAAUUCUGAAGUGUAGGUUUAGUUGGUCAUUACAUAAACUAUGAUUAAGUCAGGUUACAAGGUGCAUUAAUACGAGGACACUAUAUGUAUUAAUUACCGAGACACUAGAUGUAUUAAUGCCGAGGCGCUAGAUGUGGACACCAGAUGUGUUAAACCCAAGACACUAUUAGCAGCAUUCAUUACCGAGAAUCCAACCUUAGCGUAACCUCAACGAAGUUAAAAGCAGACCAGUUCCAAAGAACUCGGUCAUCUCUUAAGUGACUAGACUUAGAAUAGAUUUAGUCAGAGCCCAAAUACCAAGGGUUUACAUGCCCAGCAAAACCUUUUUAAGAGUAGUUAAAUUAGAAAAUUACAUAUUCAGUCCUUAAAGUAUAUUUACAGUAAAAUACCUCAUGUAUUAUUUUCAUGCUUGUGAGCCUGAAAGCCUUCUCUGAGGUUGAGCCUAACAAAAAAAAAUCAGAUUGCAUGAAAUUCUAUUUUAUGAUUAUAUUUAUAAAUUUUAAUAUAAUAAUACAAAUAAACGAUGUAUGUGUCUAAUGCGGUAUCUGAUAA